AUGACCUAUGCCAGUCUUCAGAAGCAGUUCGAUUGUCUUUCUCAGCGGUACUCCCAAAUGCAAAAGGAGAUGCGAGAGACACACGAGGCGGAGAGAAGCGAGUCAAUUGGUACUAAGACUCGGCAGCACAAGCCUUCGCAGACCUUCAACAGCGCACUCGACUCAAGGAGCAUGAAACCGCCUGAAGCAAUCAAGCAGUACACAUGGAAGGCAUGGAAGAAACCACCCGACACUUUCUUGGAUUUCGACACUGGCUCUUUCAAGAAGCAGAAGGACGUAAAGAAGAAGAAGAAGAAGAAGAAGAAGAAGAAGAAGAAGAAGAAGAAGAAGAAGAAGAAGAAGAAAGAAGACUACGCCAAAGCCAGUAAGCGCCUCGAUAGGAAAAGCUUGCCCUUGGUUCGAGCUAUCAAUUAG